GAGAGAGAGAGAGACGCACCGAUGUGACGGAGCAUUGGCACCAACAGCAGCAGAGUAAGCGCACUAGGAAAGGAUGUUGUGAGCGCGCUGGCAGACCUGACUCUUGAUGGUUCUGUAGUUAAGAGGUAAAGUCGAAGCAGCUGGAAUUAUACCACACUGCACGGAGGCACCAUCGGAGUUAUUUGCACUCAAAUACUGAGGAUAUACAGAAGCCUGGAUAUCUGUGGCGAGCAAGGUGGAAAUGUCAUCUCUGGCCAUCGCCUUCAAUCUCACGGUGCUCGGCGUCCUCAGUACUGCGCUGGCGGCCAGUCAUUAUAACUGUGAUGGCCCUUUGGUAUCAAAUCUUCUUCAGGCCUCCUUUGAGAGGUCCUCGCAGUCCUCCAUCAGUAACGCUCCACACUUCGCCAAGCUCAACAGACGAGAUGGAGCGGGAGGCUGGUCUCCCCAGGUGACAGACAGACAGCCUUGGCUGCAGCUGGACCUCAGGGACAGGAUGGAGGUCACGGCCGUCGCCACACAGGGGCGCUACGGAGGCUCAGACUGGGUCAGCGGCUACCUGCUCCUGUUCAGUGACACAGGCCGAGCCUGGAAGCAGUACCGACAGGAGGACGGGGUGGGGAGGUUUGUGGGGAACGUGAACGCUGAUGGUGUCGUCCACCACAAGUUGUCCCACUCUUUCAGAAGCCGCUUCCUGCGCUUCGUCCCCCUGGACUGGAACCCCAGUGGCUGGGUGGGACUCAGAGUGGAGGUCUACGGCUGUGCCUACAAAUCGUAUGUGGCAGACUUUGAUGGCAGAAGCUCGCUGCUCUACCGGUUUAACCAGAAGUCCAUGAGCACGGUGAAGGAUGUGAUCUCGCUGAGCUUCAAGAGCCGCCAGGCUGAGGGGGUGCUGCUCCAUGGAGAGGGUCAGAGGGGCGACUACAUCACACUGGAGCUGCACCGGGGCAGACUGGCCCUCUACCUAAACCUGGAUGACACAAGGCUGCGGUUCAGCAGUGGGCGUGUUGCGGUCACUCUCAGCAGUCUUCUGGACGACCAGCACUGGCACUCUGUCCUCAUCGAGCGCUUCAACAAGCAGGUCAACCUCACCGUGGACACCCACACACAGCACUUCAGGACCAAGGGGGAAGGAGACUCCCUGGAGGUGGACUAUGAGCUCAGCUUUGGGGGCAUCCCACUGCCAGGUAAGCCUGGUACCUUCCUGAGGAAGAACUUCCAUGGCUGCAUUGAGAACCUCUACUACAAUGGGAUCAACAUCAUUGACCUAGCCAAGCGACGCAAGCCUCAGAUCUACAGCGUGGGCAAUGUGACCUUCUCGUGCUCUGAGCCUCAGCUGGUGUCCACUACCUUCCUGAGCUCCAGCAGCAGCUUCCUGUCGCUCCCGGCCACGCUGUCUGCUUCGGGGGGCUUCGCUGUGCGUUUCCAGUUCAGAACGUGGAACCCAGAUGGGCUACUGCUCUCCACCCGGCUGGCCCUGGAGCCCCAGCGACUGGAGCUGCAGAUCAGCAACAGUCGGCUGCGCCUGACCCACCACAUGUCAGCCCAGCAGAAAGAAGAGGUCUCCACCGGUCACAGAGUGAAUGAUGGACUGUGGCACUCUGCGAGUCUCAGCUCCCGAGGACUCCAGGUCACCAUGACUCUGGACAAUGAGCCGCCCUCAACUAUGGAGCUGGGAGACCACAUGGAGGCAGGAGACAGCCUCUACUUCGGAGGCUGCCCCUCCUCGUCCUCCAGUGACUCGUACUGUGAGAACCCCACAUUGGCGUUCCAGGGGUGCAUGCGUCUCUUCUCCAUCAACAGCCAGCCCAUGGACCUGAACCUGGUGCACCAAGGACGAGUAGGAGACUACAAGGAGCUGCAGUUUGACACAUGUGGCAUCCAUGAUAGAUGUCUGCCCAACUUCUGUGAACAUGGAGGGCAGUGUUCACAGUCCUGGAGCCAUUUCUACUGCGACUGCUCUGGAACAGGAUACACUGGAGCCACCUGCCACAACUCCGUCUAUGAGGCAUCAUGUGAGGCCUACCGGCUGACUGGCAGCUCCUCAGGCCUCUUCUCCAUUGAUCCAGAUGGCAGUGGUCCACUGGGGCCCACACAGGUCUACUGCAACAUGACAGAGAACAAGGUGUGGACAGUAGUGAUCCACAACAGCACAGAUCCAGUCAGGGUCCAAGGUUCUACACUACAGAAGCCCUACAUUAUGAAGUUUAACUACAGCGCCUCACCUGAACAACUGAUGGCCCUCGUGGCCAGGUCAGAGCAGUGUCAACAGGAAGUAGUAUACAGCUGCAGGAAGUCCCGCCUCUUCAACACGUGGGAUGGCAGCCCUCUGUCCUGGUGGGUGGACCAGGGUGGAGAGAGACGGACCUACUGGGGAGGCUUCCUGCCAGGUGUUCAGCAGUGCUCCUGCAGCCUGGAGGAGAACUGCAUGGACAUGAACUACUUCUGCAACUGUGAUGCCGACACAGACUCAUGGGCUAAUGACACAGGAGUACUUUCUUACAAAGAGCACUUACCAGUGAGUGAGAUCGUGAUUGGAGACACCAACAGAACUGGCUCUGAGGCGCUCUACAGAAUCGGCCCGCUGCGUUGUUAUGGCGACAAGUCUGUGUGGAAUGCAGCGUCCUUCUACCAGGAGUCAUCCUACCUGCACUUCCCCACCCUCCAGGCAGAGCUCAGCGCUGACAUCUCCUUCUACUUCAAGACCAGCGCUCCCUCAGGAGUCUUCCUGGAGAACGUGGGCCUCAAGGACUUCAUUAGAGUGGAGCUCAGCUCUCCGUCCGUGGUGACGUUCUCCUUUGACGUGGGAAACGGGCUGGUGGACCUGGCCGUCAAGUCCCACGUACCCCUGAAUGACAGGCAGUGGCACUAUGUGAGGGCGGAGCGCAGCGUGAAGGAGGCCUCCCUGCAGGUGGACCAGCUACCCCUGCGCUUCCUGGAAGCUCCAUCUGAGGGCCACCUCCGCCUCCGGCUCAACAGCCAGCUGUUUGUGGGGGGAACGGCGGCUAGGCAGAGGGGCUUCUUGGGUUGCAUCAGAACUCUGACUAUAAACGGUGUGACCUUUAACCUGGAGGAGCGGGCUAAGAUGACCCCGGGGGUGAGCGCUGGCUGCCCCGGCCACUGCAGUGGCUCCAGCAGUCUCUGCCACAACAGCGGGAGGUGCAUUGAGAAGAACAGCGGCUACAUCUGUGACUGCUCUCAGUCUGCCUAUGGGGGGCCCUCCUGCAAGGAAGAGGUGUCUGUGUCGUUUAACAGAGAGUCGUCGGUGACCUACACCUUCCAGGAGCCUUUCUCUGUGAUGCAGAAUAGGAGCUUCCAGGCCUCCAGUGUCUACAGAGGGAACAGCAGGGCCAGAGAGAACAUGGCUUUCAUCUUCAUGACCACACAGAGCCCUGCCAUGCUGCUCACUGUCAGCACCUUCAGCCAGCAGUACAUAGCAGUCAUCCUGGCACGCAAUGGGAGUCUACAGAUCUGGUACCAUCUCCAUGUGGACAGGAGACCAGAUGUGUUCAGUCCCAGACCCUCCAGCCUGGCAGACGGACACCUCCACCGUAUCAGAAUCCACCGUGAGGGAAAAGACGUCUACCUACAGAUCGACCAGGACAUCCACAGGAAGUACACCCUGUCAUCUGAUGCAGAGUUGAUCUUAAUCAGAUCCUUGACUUUGGGCAUAGUCGUCGGAGGUGAGAAUUUUGAUGAGGAAGUGAUGCAGGCAGGAUCUAAGGGCUUCAUUGGCUGCCUGUCCUCCGUCCAGUUCAAUCACAUGGCUCCACUGAAGGCAGCACUACUGAACCGUGGCAGCUCAUUGGUCAGUGUACGUGGUCACCUGGUGGAGUCUAACUGUGGGGCUCCGGCGGACUCAACAACCUCACACCCACUCUCAGAUCAAGCUGCGAAAACAAACAAAGAUAAUGUCAGCCUGCAUGACUCGGCAGUCAUAGGAGGUGUGGUGUCAGCAGUAAUCUUCAUCACUCUGUGUGUAGUGGUGGUGAUGACCCGUCUCCUGUACCAGCACCGGCAGGCCCGGAGAGACACAAGCAUCAAGGAGAAGGAGCACCAAACCAACCUGGAGAUAGCCUGCCGGAGAGAAGCAGCCUACCAGGCAGAACCAGCCUACCGGACAGAGUGUCACCUCCAUGACAGUCAUAGCUCCACCCUCAGGGACAACAGGGAGUACUACAUCUGACCACAGUGUCCAGCCAAGCCUUCUAGCCAUCGCCGCUUACCUCUCUUCUGUUUUGUCUAGCUGUCUGCACAGGAGGAGGCAGCCUUUUUCCUCCCUCCUCUGGGGUAGAAAUUAAGAAUUCCUUCUCCUUUAGGGAACUGUGGGAAUAUCCUGAUGGGGAAUUUCUUCCCGUUUCUGUGUAGAUACUCCGUAGGACGGGACUUGUAGCUGCAAAUAUGUUGACCGGCCGGCUCACAAAUGGUGGUGAUGGGACAGGAAAACAGUGCUAUGAGAGAUUGAAGCAUAUGGAUAUGGUGCAAUGGAUUUAUCCAAUGACAGAAAUACAGAGUCUGGAAAGAUUAGAAUAUUCAAUGUUAUGGGAAAAGUGGGCAAUGUUAUGGGAAAAGUGGGCAAUGUUAUGGGAAAAGUGGGCAAUGUUAUGGUAAAAGUAGGCAAUGUUAUGGUAAAAGUGGGCAAUGUUAUGGUAAAAGUAGGCAAUGUUAUGGGAAAAAGCCACAAUGGUGUAGAUGGCCAAGAUUAAACUAUCCCACUGUCAUGUGGGGAAGAAAUCUCCCGACGCACAGAAACUACACACAGAUGCACUUACUCCAUUUCAAAUACUUACGAAAAGGACGAGAAGUUCAACAGCUUUCACAUCUGUGCCAUUGAUGUAAUACAGAGGGUCAAUACAGAGUGGCUUGCCUUCAGAGAGCAGGGAGACUAUUCAGCCACCAUUUUGAUGGUAAUUACAGUACCGCGGUGCAGUGCUCUGGGAAUGGUUGAAAAGGCUCAAUGCAAAGGCCUUCUGAGAUAACAUAAUAUUAAAUAACACAUUGGAGUAAGAGAAGUAUUGUUUUACUGAUCUUGAUAAUGCAGUGAUUAAUUAAGAUUAAAUACAAAAAGUUAUAUAUUUAAAUGUCAUUAAAUCCCUAAAUAAAGCCAUUUAAAAAUUACAUCAAUACAAGAGACAUUUUUCUUUGGAAAGUUCAAUUGAAAAUCAUUGUUCUUUCUGCCCAGUGUUCUUGAGGUUUCUAUGCCAUAGGCUAGGCUGCUUUGUAUUGCUGAAAGGAAGAAAAUGUAAAAAGAACCCAGCUGACUGGAACAUCUGCUAGCUGUCCCCUAGCAAGAGAACCAACCCAUCACAUCCCAGUCAAGUGGCUGCCGGCCAAGGGUUAGAAGAGUCUUCAAAGAGCUGCCAUAUACAAAGCUUUAGUUGUUCCUCAUCUUCUCAUAAGCUCUUUGUCUUUUCUUUGUACUUUUCAUUAUUUCGUUUGGAUUGUUUCCUCAAGCAGCCAUUUGUUCUGGCACACCUUUGAUCCUGGUCAUGCGUUGGUGACCAUUUUAUAUCUUAUUUCUUAUUUGAAGUUUGUAAUUCAUUGCUUUUGUACUGAUUGUCAACAAUAUCCCUAUGUUAGAUCUACAUUAUAAGGUGAUUAGUGUUUACUAGUAUUGGAUGAUGGAUGUGGAUGUUCAGCUUAGUUUUAUUUUCCACCUAAAAUGAAGAGGGAAAGUAUCAUCAGUGCAAAAUAACCUGGUUUGACAGUUUAGAAAGAAUAAAAACAGAGAAUGAAAAUUCACACGUAAAACUCUUUCAUGAGCAACAAUUCAUAUACACACCGUCACAAAAUAAUAAGAUUGGCUGAGGUAUUGCCUGAAAAAAUGUUUUCUUUCAAAUUAAAGUGUCCUUGAAAGCAAGUUAGAAUUAACCUCUGAGACUCCUAUUUGUACUUGUUGAUAUUGUGAUUACUUUGAGGGCCAAUUUUGUAUGGCUAUAAUUGUACAGGUAUAUAAUGAAUAUAUGUUUAAUAAAACCAAACAUUCUUUUUGAAAAAUAAUUAAUAUUUUCCAGAUGUUUCGUGCUACAUAACCUCUAUCACAACCAUUCUCUUUCUUCCGUUCACACACAUUUUUGGGGCUUUGAAUACGGUAUGUGUCUUUGCAUUUGUUGGUACAUGUGUGUAUAAGCAUGUACAGACCAAGGAUGGGUGGUGCUGUGUAUUCUGAGGAAGUAGAAACAUUCAUUACGUGGUGUGAAACUACAUCCCGUCUUCCUCCAAACGUUGUUAUGGUAAAUAGGGUACAAAAUGGAAUCUGACCUAAUUCAAUCACAAAGCCAGAACAUUAAAUUGCUUCGAUGUCA